AUGGACGCUCAAACGCAGAAGAACCCUGACCACAUUGCGGUGUUGAUCCAUGGCUUCUGGGGCAAUCCGAAUCACCUCAGUCACCUCCGAGAUACACUCCAACGGCAGCACCCCGACGAUCGCCUGUACAUACUAGUCGCGAAAAGCAACAGCGACAACCAGACUUAUGAUGGAAUCGAGGUCGGCGGAGAGCGCAUUGUCAAUGAGAUUGAGCAGACAUUGGAAGAGCUGGAGAAGGAUGGCACGAAGAUCAAGAAGAUUAGCAUUGCUGGCUACUCCUUAGGUGGGGUUUUGGCACGAUAUGCCAUCGGCCUCAUGGAAACCAGUGGGCUGUUUGACAGCAUACAACCAGUGAACUUCACGACGUUCGCAACACCACACAUAGGGGCGCGAAGUCCCAAGCUCGGUUACAGAUCGUUUUUGUUCAACUACAUGGGCGCCAGGACACUCAGCACAUCUGGACAGCAGUUGUUUUUGGUCGACAAGUUCCGCGAUACUGGCCGACCUCUUCUAUCUGUAAUGGCGGAUCCCAAUAGUGUGUUUAUGAGGGGACUGAAAAGGUUCAAGAAUAAGUGGGUGUAUGCGAAUACGCUGAACGACCGGAGUGUGCCAUAUUAUACUGCAUUCUUCAGUCGCGUAGAUCCCUACGUCGAAGUCGACAAGAUCGAGGUACACUACGAACCAAACCAGCCUCCGCCAGGCGAAGUUAUCCUGGACCCUUUGGACCCCGUCACGCCGAAGAAAUCUCCUUACGAAGAUAUGACUACUUACCAAAGGUUCACGAAUGUGCCCCAGAGGACACUCAACAACAUACCCUUCUACUUGCUGCUCAUUUCGGUACUGCCUUUGGCAAUACCGGUCUUCAUGGUCAACGCUGGCUACCAGACAUACAAAUCUGCCGAGAGAGUGCGUCAUCACGAGUCUGGGAAAGCAUUCAAACUGGAUCGAUACCGAGUAAAACUGCUCGAAGAGGCACAGGCGGUGCAAGACCGGGUAUACGAAAAUGCAGCUGGCCGCUCAACUGAGCAAUACCUCCCGACCCCACCUCCAGAGACAGCAUCAACCAAUGGAGCGCCACUUGGCAAGACCGAGUCGAAACAGUUAGCCCUCAGUCGACGAGAAACGAACAAGGAAAAGUCACAUUUCCCGAUCUUGGCUUUGAAAGAGGAGCAAUUCGAGAUGAUUGAUAACCUGGAUCAGCUGGGCUUCACCAAGUAUCCGGUGCAUAUCCAGAAAGUGCGACACACGCAUGCGGCUAUUGUUGUGAGGACGCCGAAGGAGACAUUUGGUGAGGGCAAGAUCAUUGUACAGCAUUGGGCGGAGAAGUUUGAGAUAUGA